GGAGGCUGAAGGAUAAAGAGUGAAUGUACAUAUGAAAUGAAGGGAGGAGAAUCAGGGAAGAUCUAGAACGAGAACCAAGAACAAAGGACCGAAAUGUCCAACUCCCUGCAGCAGAAGAUGACCAAUUUAUUUCGUUUUUUGUCUUUUCUACAUGAUGUAAGACUCUGAAACACUUCUGUUAGAUAAUCUCUUAUUGUAUGCUAUUGAAAUAAAUAUCCAGUCUACAAAGGAUUUGGACUUCAGACAUUUCUGCUUUCCCUGUGCUUAACCACCCUCGCUAAAAUAGACAUGCAAUUUAUGGGCUGGAGGGACCUUGCGCUGAAUAUUGUAGUCACAAAGGACGCAGUUACACCAAAUAAUCGCCAGGAGACCCCAAAAAUAAAGCACAUAACAAGUAACCUGGAGGAAUUCAACAUCUGGUUCCAUAACUUACAAAGUAAUUUUUUCUUCAUAAGAUCUCUGGAAUCCUCUCGAGUCGGGGAGACGGCUGUUUCAUCCCCCUCCCCGAGCACGCUGCUGAGCCCGAACCAGAAAACCAGGCGCCCACUAGGAAGAGCAGAACAGUCAGUUAACACCAAUGAGGUUCAAGAGACAACCACAUGGAGGCUUUGGACUUGCUUUUGAAUGCAGAAGUUUGCUAUUGAAACAGCUUGCCAUACCGUCAUCUAUCAGAGAUUAGCUAGCCACAACUUCCUCUUUUCACUGCGUCGAUGAUGAUGUUGACAUUAAUACGCAAACCACAUGUCAACCCUAGCGGAAGUCUGUGAACCAACAAAGCUGGGACUUGAAAAUAACGCUCAAGCUGCACGGAACACAAAAGAGGGUUCAUUAAAGUAGCCUACUGCACAACAGAGGACUAUCAGGGACGUUUUCAUCAUGGGUGUGAUUUAUCAGUCUUUCUGUUUUUUUCUGCUGAAAUAUUAGUUCGAUUUCCUCUCUUGGCAUUUUCAAUAUAGUCUUGUGCGGGUGUUUACCUGAAGGUGACCAUGUCCUUCCCCAAACUGGACCGGAUCGGAUGCCAGGUCUGCCUCGAAAACUUUCCCAAUAUCAUUCAAUUUAAGACACACCUCCGAGGCAAUGAGCACCAUAAGCAAAUGGUGGUGCUCUUCCCAAAAGGGAAAUUCCAUAAUCGAGGGUAUUUCUGCCACAUAAAUGUUAUGGAGCAUGUCGCAGAGCACCAACCGGACCGGAUGAUCAUAGGCCUGUCCAUGGUGACUGUGUGUCAUCAGGCUGAGCUGAAACACGUAUUCUACUUGUGCCAUCUGUGUGAGGAGAGCUGCACACAGAAACAGAUAAUGGGCCACCUCUACUCUCCCGCUCACCUCAUCAACUACUAUACUUGCACAGACCCUGAUGUGCUGAGUUUCUCGUGGUUUCCGGGCCCGAGUAUGUUCCAAGAUGUGAAGCCCGUAGCCAUGCGGGAUGUAAAGAAGAAUGGAAAUGGGGUCUUACAGGUUCUGGAUUUGCCUAAAGACCUGUUCUGUGUCAUCAGGGGAGCCUCUUACGCUGCAGUGAUGUCUACACUUGAGGAAAAUGAGAAGCUUGCAUCACAGCUCAAGGAGAGCAAACCAAAGCGGAUAUCGGUGCAGAGCUACGUGGCCUUCCCACGCAGAAAGCACGCCCUCCUGGGUCUCCAGCACCUGGUGGAAUGCGUCUGUGACAGGGAGAGCGGUAAGAAGUUCCACCUGUGCACGCUCUGCCAGAUCACACUGCGCGGACACGCCGUCAUCAGCCAUGCCAUCAGCUUUGACCACGUCUAUCGCUACAUUAAUGCAUGGCACCCCUCAACCCUGAGAUCCAAGCAAUGCUACACGGAGUGCAACGCCCUCUUCAAAACCAGCAUAUUGCAUUAUGCACGGCAAGCGGAGGAAAGGAGUGGGACCAACAACAGCAUCAAGCAAUUGACAGUGACGACCGAAGUGCUUAAUUUGUUGGAGGCAUCCUAUUCAAAAGCCUUGGCCACACUGGAACCCAUCAGUAGGGAGUGCAAUGGGAGAAGCUUGAUCACUAGCAUACAACCUGGAGAUCCCCUUGCAGUUGAAGAUAAAGACCAAAAAGAACAUCCCGCUAAUCCAUCUUUAAAACUACGAUGCCAGAUCUGCAAGUCUGAUGACCUUAUGUCCAACUACACAAAACAUUUGAACCAUUGGACCCAUGCUUCUGAACAGAGGAGUAUAUUUGGUUCAGCAGUUGAAGAUAAACACCAAAAAGCAGGAAUCCCUUACUUGAAGCUGUUUGGUUUAAUGAGAUGUCCGUCGGAAGAACCCAUCAUAGGUCUUCCCUUCAUUGUGGUCUGCAUCUGUUCCAAGGUUAAAAGGCAAGCUGGUUACCUAUGCUUUGCCUGUUCGGAGUACUUCUCGGACACAGAAGUCUUGACGCACAUGAGUUCUCAAAGGCAUGCCUUGUUUACAGUGCUGCAGCAGAGGGUGCCGUUUGCAUGGUACGACGAUAUGGACACAACGGUCCUGAGGCAAUUGGCACUGGAAGAGCAAAAGGCCUAUGCAGAUCGCAUUCUAAAGGUCUUUGAUAUACCUUACUCCAUAUUUUCCACGCUCAAGAUGACCUUCUACAACUUGACUAGAGGAGAAGAACUCAGGAAUGUUCAGAAACAUUUGAGAAAUGACGUUCCAUGCUUGACCAACCCGAAGCCUGAACUUCCGUUGCUAGGUCAGGAUUUUGUGGUGAAGUACAGCAUGAUGCAUGGACAGAAUUCAAAGGAAUGGAAAUUUCUCUGUUUGCUCUGUGGCCGAAAUCUGGGAACAAAGGAGAGCACUGCCCACGUGCUCAGUUAUGAACAUGCCAAGAAUUUCCUGGAAAAAGCCCACUGUGGCUCAUUGGAUUGUAGUGAUGUAAGUAGAGAAACAUUACUGGAUCUUGCAGAGCAAGCAGCAGAAAGACACCCAGUAUCAGAAAUGCAGACUCUAUUGCUUGACGAACCUCUCUUUGAAUCGAAUGAAUAUUUAAAGGCUGUUGAAAUACUCCAACGUGUGAAGCGGAGACAGAGUGACUGUGAGCUCAUCCCUGUGCUGGCAGCUGGAAAGAGGCUGGUCCCAAAUGAAGUGCUCCAGGAGAUAGGCCAUGGACAUGCAAAAGAGGAGCCUCAAGCAGAGAGUGAGAAGUGGACCACUAAGGGUGGGCAACCUGCUGUGAACAAACUCCACAGCAUAAGCUACACCCCUCCAAAGCGCACCAAAACUGAACCCAACAUACCUGCAGAGACUCAUGGUGGUCCAACCUGUGGGGCGACCAAAGAAAUGAAAGUGACCAAAGAGAGGGUUAGUACAGAAGCCCCUGAAACCUCCUCAAAAGGCCCUGUUAAAUCGCAACCCGAAACAAGAAUGGAAGUGGACUCUCAUCCUGGAAAGAAAAUCAAAGAGGAACCAAAAACGAGAGACGAGGUUCAGACCGUGCCCUCGGUAGUGGCGACCAAUGAAAUGCAAGUGACGAAAAAGAGGGUUAGUACAGAAACCCCUGAAACCUCCUCAAAAGGCCCUGUUAAAUCGCAACCUGAAACAAGAAUGGAAGUGGACUCUCAUCCUGGAAAGAAAAUCAAAGAGGAACCAAAAACGAGAGACGAGGUUGAGACCGUGCCCUCGGUAGUGGCAACCAAUGAAAUGCAGGUGACGAAAAAGAGGGGGAGAACAGCAACCCCUGAAACCUCCUCAAAAGGCCCUGUUAAAUCGCAAUCCGAAACAAGCAUGGAACUGGACGCUCAUCCUGGAAAGAAAGUCAAAGAGGAACAAAAAACGAGAGAAGAGGUUGAGACCGUGCCCUCGGUAGUGGCUUCAGGGCAGCCUGGGACGCCUGUGAACGUUAAACAAGAGCCGGAGAAUGAGGGAGAAGAGGCCAGAGUAAAGGUGUGGACCGAAAGCCCAACACAAAUGUGCACCGCAGAAAGCAUGGAAGAGACAGCCAUGUCGAGAAAGAGGAAGGCUCGGGGAAGUAGUGAGGAGGCUGGAAGCCAACGACUGCGACUCUGCCUUGUGGAUGUAUCAAAAACAACAGCAAAUCCCUCUGGACAUCUGACCGGAGUGGAUGAUAGGAAUGCCACAGAAAAGGCCUUGUUGGAAGAUGUCAAACCAGCUAGAGCUCAACUAGAUAAAGUUCUCGCUAGCCCUCCUGCAUUUCCUUAUAAAUUGUGGGAUUUUAUCAAGAUGAAGGAUCGUGAGCCAGUGAUUGGUUUACAUGCACUCAUUGAAUGCCAUUGUGAACCGUACGCUCCAAUCUACCUUUGCAAAAGCUGCUGCGUGAAAGUCCAUGAGAAAGACAUCCUUGGACAUAUCACUGGAAUGAAACACCGAAUGCGGUAUCUGAAAUUGCAAUCCAUAAAUGUGAAACGACAGCAGUUGGCCGUCAGAAUCGCUGCAGCUGAACAGGAACGACGGGCUGGAUUUGGAGAAGCUCAGGUUGUUGAGCUCACUCCAGAGCAGUAUGGUGAAAUGUCAAAACAAAGCUAUGAUUUGGGCCUGCUGUUAUGUCAGAACACAAUACAGAGAUCUCCUCCCGCCCCAAAGGUGUUGACAUGCAAACCUGAUGCUGUGAGACCCUCUGCAGCACAAAAGCAAUCUCCAUCUUUGGCCCUAUCGACUUCUUCUGCCUGUGGCACAGGCGAAACUACACACGUAGCCAAUCAAACUAAAGCACAAAAAACCGAAUAUAAGGUGGAAUCCUUAUCCACACUUGAAAAUAGGGUAUCGGUGAAGGGGUUAGAUACUGAAAAAAAUAGUCCAAGUACAGAGACAGGCAAAGUGUUUGUGCACAAAAUUGGAAUCCCUUCAAAAACCAUUGUAGAAAAAUGUAUACCUGCACCCUCCAUCAUAUCCAUGGCCCCAUCUAUUUCUUUAUUAUCCUCCAAAACCAGGGUCACAUUUGCAAAACCUCUUGAAACCUCUCCCAAGUCGAGUCCAUCCAUCAAAAAUACGUUGACGCAUGUCUCAAAAGUGGUCAGCGACUUCGAAUCUGCCAAAUUCCUCGGAUCUGCGACCUCAUCCAAAAUUGAAGCGCAGACUAAAGGGCGAACAACCCAUGACCUACAACCGCUGCCUGAAACAAAACAGCCAUCUUUAUCUGUGGCCCUCAUGCCUACUUCCAACACUGCUCCCCUUGUUAGUGACUCAGGCAAAACGACAUUCUUCCCCCCUAAACCUAAAGCGCAAAAAACUGGAUUGCCGGAGAACAAAGCAACCUCUUCCCCCACCCUCAACAGUGGUGCAACCUUCAAGGUCUCACGCACUGAUGCAAACACUCAAAUCACAGUGACUUCCAGAUCGGUUGUGCCUGAAAUUGGGAUCCCUGCAAAAAACCCUGUUGAAGAAUUCAUACCUGCACCCUUCUUCAAACCCGUUGCCACGGCGCUUUCUAUAUCACCCUCCCAAUCUAGUGUUGCAGUUGUAAAGACUCCUGCAACCUCUUCCAAGUCUAUUCCCUCCACCUUGAAUACGUUGACAAUUUCCUCAAAAGGGAUCAACCCAUCAAAAUUGGGGAACGCCCUCAGAGCUGUGACCCCGUCCAAAGACGCAGCUCCCGCUAUGGACCAACAGCGAACGAACCCGGAUGCCAGCAUCGUGUGCAAAAGCACCCCGAUUCCCCACAGUGGUAUUUUUUCCUACCCACAACCUGUCGUGGAAGCUCUGUCCCCCACCAGAUCGCUCCUCUCCAAACCGCCAGUGGAACGAAGUACUGCCAGCACAGAGCAGGGCUUGGGGUCCGCCUCACCGACCACACCAGUCUACAGCCCCUCCACCUUCCCACCAAACCACACGGCGGUGGCCGAUUCCUCCAAGGACCCAAGGUCAAAAAACCAACCAGUUGUCGGAACGGGCAGCCUUGUCGUGGUAAAAUGUGAAAAGAGGCGCCAGUCCUACUGUCUGCUGUGCUCGGUCCGGCUGAGAAAGGGGGAUCACAUGACCAGCAACAGCCACCGUUAUAAAUAUCUGAAGUUCCAUUCUUUUGCCUGGGAUUUGGACGAGAAGAGGAUGCUGACAGCGGUCACUCACCUGGCUGAUCUAGAGAAGGUGCAAGGGACUGUCGUCAAGACGUUGGUGGUGAAUGGUGAGAUUUACAACCGUCUGGGAACUAUUUCUGAAGAAAAAGCUCUAGCUAAAGUGAGGGAACUGUUGGAAUCCCAGAGUCUCUCAUCCACCAAAGCCAAAGCAGAAGGCCUCCAAUGUGUCUCUGUUUCCCACGCAGCGUCAAGCUCAGCUGAUGUAGAGGAGAGCAACGAGGUCCCUCGUCCUAUGGCCGCUGGCUCACCGACACAAGCACUUCCCUCGCUCCCCCGGGCAUUAGAAGAACCCAAGAUGCACAUCACACAGCCCGACCCUGCCCCACGUAGGGAACCCAGUCCCCAGGGACCAGUGGGCCGUCCAACGGCAGAACUGGACCACCGGCCUUCAGCUAACUCCAAACACAAUGGAGAGAGCAUACCGCAGAUGGAGCAGAAAGUAGAGGAGAGCAACGAGGUCCCUCGUCCUAUGGCCGCUGGCUCACCGACACAAGCACUUCCCUCGCUCCCCCGGGCAUUAGAAGAACCCAAGAUGCACAUCACACAGCCCGACCCUGCCCCACGUAGGGAACCCAGUCCCCAGGGACCAGUGGGCCGUCCAACGGCAGAACUGGACCACCGGCCUUCAGCUAACUCCAAACACAAUGGAGAGAGCAUACCGCAGAUGGAGCAGAAAGGAGAGAAGAUUCUGGGGCCAAGCGAUUUGUCCACCUUUCUGAUGGUCCACUGCAGCAAAGAACCAAUCAUCGGUCUGGCCUUGGUGUUUGAGUGUCGUGCGCUCUUCGAGGAGACGUUCUACCUGUGUGGAAGCUGCAUGAAGACCUUCCCCAUCAAGCUCAUAUGUAAACACAUAGUGAGCGCCCAACACCAGCGCACAUACAUGUUGAACGAAUACCCCCAUUUCAUGAGCUGGUGGGAUCAGGACUUUUCUCCAGAGGAGAAGGAGGGGCUGCUGACGGACAUCUCCUGGAAGAUCUCUGAAAAGGAGGGCUAUGACCAAAUGGACGCCCAGGUUAUAAUGCUGCGCAAAGACUGCUAUGAUUACAUUCGGCAGGCUUCUUUCAUCGAAGCCCUGGACACGCUACAGAACAUCAGCAGAGAGAAGAGGCCGAACCGUCUGUCUGGAUAUUCAAUACAACUCGGCCCACAGACUCCAGAGACCCCUUCCACCAGAGAGUCAAUGGAGUCCAACACAAGAGAGAAGGACGGCCCCCCUGUCCCCGUGUACAGUGUCCCCCAAGACAUUGUAAAUGGUUGCCCAACUCUGCCAGUGAUCGGGAUCUGUGCCAUAGUCGAGUGCAGCUGUGAGGGGCACACUCCCUUCUACCUGUGUUUGGCCUGUGGCAACCGUCUGAGCCAAGACCUGGUGCUCCCUCAUGUCAAGGGCCAAAGACACAUCCAGGAGUACCUGAGUGAGUGGUAUCCCCGGGCGGACGAGCUCGGAGUGGAGCCCGCCCAGCUCCUGCAGCCGGCCAGAGGGCUGGAGGAGCUGAACCUGGACGAGCCCAGCACCAUGCAGAGGAUAGCCCUGCCCAAGGAGGACUUCAUCAGGAUCCGAACCAUGACCUUUGACCCAGCUCUGUCCAGUCUCAUGACCAUCUGUGAGAACCAGAGGCCGUUGGAGAUCCCGACCCGCGUGACUAGCAGACCCCAACCUGCAGUGAAGCGCCACUUUGAGGUCGGUUGGACCGAUGCAGAUAAAGUGAAGCGUCAGCGUCAGCGACCGCCGAGCCCCCCCGCUGACCGCGUGACGCAGACGAUGUUUCCAGUCUCUUGUCCUCACAGCCCAUUCGGGAGCAAUACUCCAGCAGCUACUGUACCACUCGUGUCCCUGACCCAUGAACCCAAAAUGGGACCAGUCCCCAGUUUCUCGAAAGACGAGACGAAACGUGCAGUUAACCAUGACCCUGGGUCCAAGGUGUCCCUAAGUAUUGAGCAUUAUAGACAUGAAGAGUCUCCAAAAGUCACAAUCUCGUACCACCCAGGUCAACUCCCAGUUCUGAGCUCUGUGCCGCCUGCCUCUAACCCCCAUGCUGAGAUCAGUGCUGAGGCACUGCUUCCCCAGGAGGACCUCGACUUUCAGGGGAACUUGAGGCGAGAACUUGUCCAAACAGGGACUUAUUUCAGUUCCAGGCUGCAACAAAUCAGAAACGGACGUAACCGAAGGCUGCUUCAGUUACUAACGGCACCUUCCAGCUCUCCCCCUAUUGUGAGCACUGAGCCAUCAGCUGCUAACCUCGGCACAACGGCUUGCAGUGGCCGAUCAGCAAGCACCCAAAACAACAGCCAUACUCACAACGUCACAGAGGAGACGCCAGGCAUCCCUGGCUCUCAGGGCUACAGCACAGGACAGCCCGGCUACCCAACCACCCCGUACCAUGCCAGCGGUUAUUUGAGCCACCACCAACCCCCCCCCAUGCCUACGGUGGCUGGCCCGCCCCGCUACCCUACACAUAUGAACCACGUUCCCAACCAGGGUCUUCAGCAGCAACACUAUGCUCAUUACGUCUUGCCAAACCAGGCCCAGAGUAUCGCCAUGGCAAGGGGACUACCCCAAUACUGGCCGAGCGUCACCCCAGCUACGGCCUGGUCACACGGAGCGACGGCUCCAUCCUAUCACGGCGCAGCGUUCUCCGAAAGUGCUGCCAGCUAUUCACAAGAGCUGCCAAACGCAUUCAGAAACAACACGGCCAUGUCUGACCCCGGGUACUCCCCACCUCAGGGUACCCCCAACCUGCUGAACCUCCAGGGCUUUCAGGCCACCACACACUAUGGUACAUCCGCUACUGCCGCCGGAGUGGUGGGCGCUGAAGGUAACCCUCAAGGCACGGUUGCCUUUCACUUCUCCAACAGCGCUGGCAAUGGGACCAGCUAACAAGCCCAGUGUUCUCCUGUUGCUUCUGUUUGUUAUUUUACUUACAAGAUUGUUGACAGCGCUUCCCACGCGAUAUCUUGUUGUUCAGCAAUCAACGUUGCAUCAACAUUAUACAUUUUAUUGAUGGUUGUUCUUAGUUUUGGUUCAGUGAAUCUUGAAAUGAAGUACGUUUUUUUAACUUUAUUUACAAAAGGCUUUAAAAUGUUCUUGAAGCAAACUGUAUUUGUAUGUGAUUGAAUAGAUUUUGUUGGUUGAUAAAUAUUUUUUUACAUUUGUGUUGGACUUCUUUAAAGUGUUUGUAACCAUUCACUCCUCAUGGAGGAAAUUCUGAAAUAAAUGACAAAUAAAAUGUUUAUGUAUAGAAGUUGAAUUCACAUCAAGUUACGACGGUUAUGUAAUUGAAUUCUAAUGAAACUGUUGCAGGUAACUUACCAUUCUAACUUCCCAGUCAUUUCGUUGUAGUGUCUUCAUACGUUAUUGCAUCUAGGACCGACGAGACUUCUAAAUUCAAAAAAGCACACAAUAGUUGCAGAAAAUGUUCCUUAUCUAGUGUAUGGAGGAGGGUGGGUGAGCAGGGUGAGUCCAGAACACAGUUUCACAGAGCUAUUUAAAAUGUUCACAUUAGCUUGCGUCUUUUCAGAUUUCUAAAAUAUUCUUUAAUAUGUCCAUUCUUUAAUCAUCCCUCCCAGUAAUGCAAAUGUCCAUGAUCAACUCAGGACAUAGUGUAAGGAAGCGUCAUGUUUUCAGUUAAAUAUUAUUAUUAUUUUUUCUGAAUUAAUGACAAAAGAAUUUACAAUUUAUUAUUUCAGAAAAACAGCAACAUUGUAACCUGUUAAGACAGCGGCUCCAUGGACCAGCUCAGUUUAUGUAACUUGUCAAUAAAUAAACCAGAUCAUUAUAAUCCUACAACGUGAUCCUUUGAGAACAUUAGUUUUUUUUAUCUAUUGAAACAUGGUAAGGAAAUUACAUUCCUGAAUGCAUCAAGCAUCUGCAACUUAUAUUUAAUGACGACCUUGUAUGGGUCGAUUGACAUGCUAACUUCAUCAUGGUCGAAGUUGUUAAACAGGAUCUAGGCUUGUAUCGUCUGUGUUUUACAGAUUACGCCACAUCUGCUGUAAUUCCGAUUUGCAUCCAUGUUUACCAAGAUUAACUGCGAACACUGACAUAAUUCACACAUUCAUACCAACAGGCCACAUAUGUCCUUGGCAAUUAGAGAGGCUUCUUUCUCACGCUAGGGAGGGAUCCUGAGCCUAGGGAGGCGUCCGUGUCCUUGGUAAUUAGAGAGGCUUCUUUCUCAUCUUUUGCAUCUUCUUUUAUCCUGAGCCUAGGCCAUACCCACCCAGCUUCGAGUGAACCUGUCCCUGGACUUCCACUGUAUCCACGGGAGCGGCGGGGGGAGGAAGGUAGGGUCCCCCCCCCCCUAUGUAAUACCACCAGGGAAAUUGAUCUGUUGUCCAAUAUGAGCCAUGCCCGCAGUGACAUGGUGGUUCUGCGGAGGAAAGAUCCUCAGGGGGGCUCUCCCCGCAGAUUUCACAGGAUUAUGCGCCGUAGCGCAAUUGGUAAUGCCCAUCUACAUCUUACCGGAUAGUGGGAAUGUGAUAGUUCUCAAAACUUCCCAGACUUCCCAGAUUGCACCCGCCAGAAACGGGCGCAGGUACCGGUCCCAGGGAGUUUUGAUAAGAAUGUAUAUAUUGACGCCAGAGGUGUCCCCGACGAACAUCAGGCCCGUGAUCAAAUUUCAGCAGGGUUUGAAUCAGUCCUGUUUUGGUGGUCCACUAUUAACAAAAAUGUUGAUUGGAUAAAUUACAUAUACUGCAAUCAGCAACGGUUUGUCAAUUUUACAGAGGAUACAGUCAAGGGACUAUCAGAACAAUUAGAUGCCACCUCCCGGAUGACC